UCGUCGAACUUUACCUCAAUAAUAAUUCAAUGCUGCUUCAUGGUAUAUUCAGUCCUUAUAUUGCCUUUUCACAUACAUGCUUGGAUACUCCACGUUACACACAUAAACUUGGAUACAUCGCGUUAGAACACAAAGUACGUUACAUGUUAUCUGUAAUAAUACCUUGCUUAGUAUCAUUCACUACUGAGUAAAAAAAUAAAAAAUAAAUUGAUUAUUACGACCCCGCAACACUAUACCAUUGGGGACGGGCAUCAUUAAAAGUAAAGACGAAGAAGCUUUUGAUUGUUCAUCUAUAACCUAUAAGCGAGAUGGCAACCACGAGGAACAAAUUAGAAGAUUGCGAGGUAUGCGGUGAGGCUAAGGCACUGUACACCUGUCCGAAAUGCGAGGUUAGAACGUGUUCUCUCAGGUGUGUCAACGUCCACAAAAAGGAGUUGGAGUGUGACGGAAUUCGGGAUAAAACCAAAUUCGUCCCCCUAACGUCGUUCACCGACUUGGAUUUACUGAGUGAUUAUCGCUUUCUCGAACAAGUUAGCAGAUCAGUUGAUAUCAAAAAGAGAAAUCCAGAAAUGAAAUACACGCGUCAUAUUACUAAUCUACCAGUGCAUUUACAUAAGCUGAGAUAUGCUGCGUCUUGUAGAAAAGUGUCCCUGUUAUUUAUGCCCCAAAUCUUUAAUCGACAUAAGGAGAAUACUACAUAUCUUAAUUGGAAGACCAACAAAUUGUUCUGGCGUCUAGAAUGGAUUUUUCCACAAGCUGAAAAUACAAAAUGCAUAAUGGACAGAGCUCUAGACAGCGUAAGAUUAUCAACAUUGGUAGAACAAGUUUUAGAUCCAGUCUCUUCAACAGAUAAAGCUGAUAUCGAAAAAUUGAAUACCACAAUGGUUUUAGCUGAUAAACUGCAAUUUUAUAGAGCAGUUGGAUUAAGUGGUAUCAAAGUUUUUUUAAAAGCCGAGAAAAUAAAAAAGGCAAAUUCUAGAUUUUAUGAUUUGGAUCUUACACUUACAUUGAAAAAAAAUUUGGAGAAUAAAACUAUAAUAGAGUUUCCAACAUUACAUGUCGUUAUGAAGGAUCACUCGAAUAUAUACGAAAUUAUAGACACUGAUGAAGAAACGAGUGACACAGAGUGUACAAGUCGAGAAACGAGGAAAAGAUACAAUGAUGAUAAUAGAUCUAAUAAGAACAAAAAAGAUAAGUCAGUAAAUUAUUUUUUCAAUGAUUUUUCUGGUUCUGAUGAUGAAAAAACAGACAAUAAAUUAAAAAGGAAGAAACAGUCGCUUGAUAUACCAAAUUAUGAAGAGUUAAUAAAAAUGUGAAAAUUUAUGUUCAUUAUUAUAAAUGUUUACUUAUAUAGAUAUUUUUAUUGUAAAUACAUCACCAUUAUAAUUUUAAUACAGAUGAAAUACAUACAAAUAUAGUGGCAUUAACCUUUUCGGUAAUACGGAAUAGUACCCUACAUAGCUGGAAUAAAAAUAGUAAUUCUUACUCUGAGCGCAUAUGCGCGCCCACAGACCAAAAUGAGCUUCUUAUUUCAAGUGCCAACAGUAUUAAAAGGGUUAAUGACAUAUAGCCAUUUAUAUAAUAUA